UUUUUUAAUUUUAUGUAUUUAGAGGAUUGAAGAUGGCUUCUCUUCAAGGGCCCGUAGUUUGCCCCAUGAUCAAUGCGAAGCAAUCCGGAGUGUAUUCUGUCCCGAUUAGUUCACCUCUACUGAAAGCCAAAGUUAUUAGAAGUGGGUUUUGGGGGCUUGUAGGAAUCGGCAACGGUAGGGCUAAUGUAAAUUAUCGACAAAAUUUGCAGAAAUGCAAGACUAUACGAUGUACUUUUAGUUCGUCGUGGAAUGGAAAUGAUAGUAUGGCCGGGAAUUCAAAUGAGAAUGAGUCUGAUUAUGUGAAUUCGAGCGUUGUUGAAGCUGUUGAGGUCAGAAGUGGCCCAGAUGGUUUCAUGAUCAAGAUGAGAGAUGGCCGGCAUUUGAGAUGUGCCCAUAAUAACCCCCAAGGGAGUCAUCGGCCAGAUUAUGCUCCGCACCCUGCAAUUGUAUUGAAGAUGGAAGACGGGACCGGGCUUCUUCUCCCCAUAAUUGUUUUGGAGAUGCCCAGUGUGCUGCUAAUGGCAGCUGUACGCAAUGUCCAAAUUGCUAGGCCUACCAUGUAUCAAGUGGCAAAGGAAAUGAUUGAGAAGAUGGGCUAUACAGUGAAACUUGUACGAGUUACCAAGAGAAUACAUGAGGCAUAUUUUGCAGAGUUACACCUUACAAAGUUGGAUAAUGAAGCAGAGUGUAUCAGAUUUGAUCUGCGACCGUCAGAUGCCAUUAACAUUGCGGUUAGAUGCAAGGUGCCAAUCCAAGUGAACAAAUACUUGGUGUAUAUGGACGGUAUGAAGGUUAUUGAACCUGAAAAAGUGCCAGUACAUAGCUCCUCAUCAGAUGGCUUAUUAUUUACUGAGUUGGACAGACCUAGUGCCCAGCUGUCCAUUGAAACAAAGGAGUUUAAUCUUGUGCGCAACAUGCUAAUAGCUGCAGUCGAGGAACGUUACAAGGAUGCAGCUCUGUGGAGGGACAAGCUCACUCAGCUUCGCUCAAAAAGGAACUGGACAUAGCAGGUCGUCUUGUUCUCUCUCUUUGGUACGACAGGCGGAUAACUUGUAUAUAGACUAUAUGUUUGGUAUGUGUGACUCAACAAAAUUGUACAAAAUUAACGAAGAAAAAUGUUAAAAUCUUGUGGCUGUUGCGUGCAUUUUAGCAUAUCGAAUAUGGCUA